AUGAAAUUCUUACCAAUCUUAACCGUUUGUUUGAUUCUUAUCAUUGCGAUUGUACAAGCGGUUCCUAUCACAAAAAGAGCAUUAGGAUCCAAAGUAGGAACUUUGGGUGUGAGUUUUGAGGAUUCCUACAAGAAAUUUAAUGGUCAAGUGAAAGCUGCCAAUAAAAAGUUUGAAAAAAAAAUCGCAUUAUUUAAUAAGGUAAUUCCAGAUGCCGCAAAAGAUGAUCAUACAGACGCAAAAACCACAAAAUGGCUUUUGGACUGGAAUGCUAAAUAUGAGAAAAUUGUAGGUGAUUUGGAAGUUACCUCUAAAAAGUUGGACAAAUCAAUCGCAACUCUUGGAAAACAUUUAAAACAAUGA